UAUCGUUUCUCAGUCAGUGUUUCCGAACGUAACGUGCGCCGGCUCGCUCGCUCUGCUGGAAAGGGAUGGUGAUAGCUACCUACAUUACUCUUUUCGUCCGAAUUUUGCCAAUAAUUAUUUCAUUCAGUUAACUUCCGACUUCUCUGCGUGGAGGUUGUCGUUCGAGCUACAAGUGGAAAAAAUAUUAAUAAAAGGGUAACAUAAAAAAUCAAAAUAUUAACGUCGCAAUGGCUGAAACGGAGAUAAUAUCAAAUAGUGAAAGUAAUGAUCAAUUUUUCGAAGGGGUAGAAAAAUUGAUCGAAAUAUGGUUUACGCCGGCCAAAAAUGCGGAUCUGAGGAAAAUUACUCGCCAACAAUGGGAGAAUGUGUUGAAGAUAGUUCGUUGCGAGAUCAUCUCUUUUACGCAGAGUGAGCAAGUCGACGCUUACGUACUUAGUGAGAGCAGCAUGUUUGUUUCACGAAGACGCUGGAUACUGAAGACAUGCGGGACGACCACCCCGCUGCGGUGCGUCCGCGCUGUGCUGGCUCUCGCACAGGACGUGGCGGGCCAUUCGUGCGUGCACAACGUGUUCUACUCCAGGAGAGAAUUCGCCCGUCCCGAAGUCCAGCUCAAACCGCACGACAACUUUGAUUCAGAGGUAAAACUUCUGGAUUCAUUUUUCGGGGAUGGGCGCGCCUAUAUCAUGGGCCCGGAAAAAGACUGUUGGUAUUUGUAUACCCUGCUGCCGUUGGAAGGUACAGUGGCAGCGGUGGAGAAAGAGCAGCAGGAAGCUGAGUCGGGACGCGGGGAGCCCGACCAGACCAUUGAGAUUCUCAUGUCCGAUCUCGAUCCUCAGGUCAUGGACAUAUUUACCCGGGAACAUUCCCACGAUGCUGCGUAUGCCACUAAAGAGUCUGGCAUAGACAAAAUAUUACCAGGAAUGGUCAUAGACGAUUUCCUGUUUGACCCCUGCGGCUACUCUAUGAACGGGGUCGCUAAAGAUGGUUGCUACAUGACGAUCCACAUAACGCCCGAGAGGGCCUGCUCGUACGUGUCGUUCGAGUCCAACGUGCCCGUGUCCAGCUACGACGAGGUGAUAGCGCGCGUGCUGGCCGCCUUCCGCCCCGCCAAGUUCGUGCUCACCAUCUUCGCCACGCCGGACUCCCCGGCGGCGGACGCGUACCGGCAGCUGCGCAAGUACCGCUCGCUGAGCGCGUACGAGGAGCAGGAGGCGCAGUACUGCCGGUUCUCUGGGUACGAGCUGCAGUACGCGCUGUACUGCAAGUUCCCGAGCUGAGAGCGGCGCGGCGGCGGGGCGGGCGUGCGCGCGGCGGCGCGGGGCGGGGCGGCGCGGGGCGGGGCGGCGCAGGGCGGGCGGCGCGCGCUGGCGGCGGUGCUGGCGGCGCGCGGGGCGGACGCGUGGCCCCCCGCCGCCCUGCCCCGCCGCCGCCCCCGCCAGCGCCCCAAGCGCCGCGCCGCGCUGGCGGCCGUGCUGCGCGCCGCGUGCCUCGCGUGCCUGCCGCCCGCGUGACCUGCGACCCGCUCCCCCCUGUCCCGGCCUCGGUGACCGGAGCCCGACUCUACUGAAGAAUUUCAAUUUUCCUUAGCGUACAUAACAAUAACGUUGUGUUGUUUAGUAUAUGGCGAGCUCGGCGUGUAGCGCGCAGACUCGCGGGCCGGGGCGGGUCGCCGGCGCAGGCCGCUCCUGAGCGCGGGCCGAAAUUAUUAUCGAUGAUUUUAAAAAUCAAAUAAACAAAAUUAAGGGUUGA